AUGAAAAUUCCUGACCGCUUACAAUGUGCAUCUUGCAAGUUGAAUCUUCCCGACACUUUGCCAUCCUCGGUUCCUCGACACUGCAUGGUCCUGGAUAUUGACAGGAGCACUUAUAUAUCGUCCCAAGGCUUCAACGACCAAGUGGUCAAUGAAAAACUUAAAUCCAUUGUCGCGCGAUCGUUAUCGGAGGAGGCAAGUUCGAAAAUCACGGUGUUUGGUGACUCAAAUUUGUUGUACUCUAUAUCUAGAACCUUUAGUGUACUGGAUUCUUCAGCAAGAGGCAAGCUUCGCAAAUACUCCCUAAUUCUCACCAGUGAUGACCAGAGCACUUUACUUAAACAUUCAAAUCAAAUUUGCAUGUUCUUCCAUUACCUUAUCAGAUCAUUGAAGAAAAAAAGACUCCUGCUAACGGAUGCCAGUGCAAGUUUAAAUUACCAAUCCCCUAAUAAUACUAAUAAUAAGAACUACCACGAAAACUAUUCAACCAAUACCAUCAACUCAUUCAACAGUUCUAUCAAUGAUUCGCAUGACCCCACAGUAUCAAUCUAUCGUGGAUCAGUCCGACGGGACUCUCAGCGCGCCAGAUCAUCGCUGAAAAGUUCAUCUGCAUCAGAAGAUGAAGAUACAUCACCGCCAUUGGAAUCGCUCAGAACCCAAACUAUCAUUCUUAGAAACCUUCUGGAAAUCUUGGAUGACGAGCAGAUCUACAUCAGAGUCCAUGCGGUGGCCGUCAGGUUCCUAAAUGAUUUAUACCGGAGUCAGUGA